AUUGAUAGACGGAUGUUUUGACUAAUCAGAGUUCGAGCUGUCUUCUAACACCUGCCCCCAAAGGCAUUUUAUGGGGGUAGAGAUUAGGUAAUGGCGACGGGUUUGUUUAAGUACUAUAAUAUGGUGUGGGAAGUGAAGUCAAACGACAUGCCCAACACAGUACAGAAAAUCCAGUUGGUAAUGGACAAUAGACCUACAGCAAUGAAUGAAUCAAUGGAAAUGUUAAAAUGCGAUGAACGUCUCCCAUCCUCUCCAGGAUACGAGUCUUCUGACGAGCACAUGGAACUUGAUGACCUGCCAGAGUUACAAGCCGUUCACACUGACCCAACAUCCUCUCCUGAGGUUUUCCACCUUGAUGCAGAUGUUUCACACCAGGAAUUUUCUGUGCCUUCAUGGAACCAGAAUACCUCGCAUAUGUCUGAAAGUGCCUAUUCGUGUGAGCGUGGGAUCAACUGGCUGACAGAGCUGGCUAACAUUGCCACCAGUCCCCAGAGUCCCCUAAUGCAAUGCUCCUUCUAUAAUAGAUCAUCGCCUGUUCACAUAAUAGCUACCAGCAAAAGUUUACAUUCCUAUGCCCGCCCCCCACCAGUUUCCACAGAAGAGGAGUCCAACCUAUCUAAGAGUCAUUGGAAACAAGGAACACCAGUAAGACAUGAGCGGGCACACAGUGAGUCGGAGUCUGGCAUCUUCUGUAUGUCUGCAUUUUCCGAUGACGAUGAUCUAGGAUGGUGCCAAUCUUGGCCACACACCAUAUGGCACUGCUUUUUACAAGGCACACGUCUCUGUUUUCAUAAAGGCCGCAAAAAAAUUUGGCAGGACGUGGAAGAUUAUUCCAAAAGCGCACAUUGUAGAAAUGGUUAUGAAGUGUCCGCUGGCUCUCAGAAGAGUUAUGGAUCAGAAGGUUUGAAGUUGAUCUCCCAUGAAGAGUGCGUUUCUUAUGGAGAAUCUGUUCUGCAACUUACGUUUGACCCUGGUACACCAGAAGACGGCCUGCUCACAGUAGAAUGCAAAUUGGAUCACCCCUUCUAUGUUAAAAAUAAAGGCUGGUCAUCAUUUUACCCUAGUCUCACGGUGGUGCAGCAUGGCAUUCCCUGCUAUGAGAUCCACAUUGGCGACCUAUGUCUACCUCCUGGACAUCCGGAUGCCAUAAAUUUUGAUGAUUCUGGUGUUUUUGAUACAUUUAAAAGUUAUGACUUUACGCCAAUGGAUUCUUCUGCUGUGUAUGUGUUAAGCAGUAUGGCACGUCAGCGUCGGGCUUCCCUAUCCAAUGGAGGCGCAAGCAGCCCAGACUCUGAGAGAUCUGGUUACAGCAAGGACUGUGCAUCUCCACAGACUUCCUACACUUCACUAUAUAAUAAGACUGGCAGGAGUCACAGCUCAGGGACUGCAAGCACUGUGAUGGCCACAUCUCCCAACAAGUGCAAAAGACCAAUGAAUGCCUUCAUGCUUUUUGCCAAAAAGUAUAGAGUUGAAUACACACAGAUGUACCCAGGAAAAGAUAACCGAGCCAUAAGUGUGAUACUUGGCGACAGAUGGAAAAAGAUGAAAAACGAGGAAAGAAGAAUAUACACAAUAGAAGCUAAAGCUUUGGCGGAAGAACAAAAACGUUUAAAUCCUGACUGUUGGAAGAGAAAAAGAACAAAUUCAGGCUCACAACAACAUUAAACAUGAAUGUAGCUGACGCUUGUGUUGGAAAGUGCUAUUCGUCUGCAUGGAAGAAGUCUGACAGCACAAUGCUGUGGUUGUGUGGACAGACCAUAAUGUCCAGCAGUGUCACGGAAUGACUGAAGGUUUUUCGUUUUAAGUAUAGCAUUACAUAUGACAAAAAUAUCAAUAUUUUAAACCAAAUUGCCUUAUUUUUCAAAAAUUAUAUAUCAGGUAAAUAUAGGCUUGAAAAAUCGAUAUCCUGUGGUGCUAAAAUGUUGUUUCAGCAAAAUGUUUAAAGACUACCAGGUUAAGAAAAAAAAUGGGAAUUUAUAGGACAUAUAACUGCUGUUUAUCGACCCUACUGCUUAUUAAUAUGUAUUGCACAAAUGUAAUUAUUUUUGACGUUGGAAUUUAUAUGUUUCUGACGUGAUAUUUUAAUGCAAGGUGCAUGAGCACUAACUGACUAUUCAUCGCCACUGAGCUACAUUAUAUUCUGGCAAGUGGAUCAUUCGCUUCCUUUUGGACAGAGGGGCCAACAUUUCUGACAGACCCUCCAAAACGCCAAGGUGUUGAAGCAUAAGGUUUAGUAAUUUAGUUUGCUAUAGAAUCUACAGAUUUUAUUUUGCUAUGAAAAAAUGUCAUUUAUGAUGGGGGGGAGGGGUGACUUUGCACUUAACUCUGGUGCAACACUUGCACUUUACUUUUCUUGCACCUGUCGAAAUAAACAGAUGCAUCAUAUUUGUUACAGCUGUACGUCUGUGAUGUGCUGCAAUCAUGGCUCGUGUAUCACAGCUGGAAACCAAUUUGUCUAUGACAGCAUAAUAUUGCCCCAAAUAAUUUUGCACACUAUAUUCUUGUAUAUUUCAAAUAAAUGUUGUUGAUAUGA